CAGGGAGGUGGCGCGCAGGUGUCCCGACCGAUUGUGGGCGUCCCCGUCCCCGCGGGGGUCCCCGGGCCCUCGGGCCUCGCGCAGACAGGGGCCGGCCAGGCUCCCAGCUCCGCAGCGCCGCCGCGUGGGGUGGCCAGGGUCCCGCGUGCCCGGCGGGAGCUGCGCGGGGGAGGCGCGCGGGCCUGGGCGGCGCGGAGCAGAGCUGAACCGAGCGGAGCAGCCGCGUCCGCCCCCGCCGGGCCGCGCGCAGCCGAGCCGGGAGCCGCGAGCGCGCGCCCAGCGCAGGGCCAGCGCGGCCGCCCGAGGGUCGCGCCCGCGUCCGCGUCCAUCCCCCGGCCGCAGACCCCGCGCUCCCCCGCGCCCUACCGCCACCUGCUGCGCGGUGCCGCCGGCCCUCGACGCUGCGGCCGGGGGUCAGCGCGCACCCCGGCGGAGCAGCCCCCGCGUGUCCCCGCGGACUGAGCCCUUCCCGGCGCGCUGGCCAAGCACGGCCACGCUCCGGUGCCAGUGAGCUGGACAUGAUUUCCACAAGGGUGAUGGACAUCAAGCUUCGGGAAGCUGCUGAAGGUCUCGGGGAGGACAGUACAGGAAAGAAAAAAUCCAAAUUUAAAACAUUUAAGAAGUUGUUUGGGAAGAAGAAGAGAAAGGAACCGCCCUCAUCCACGGGAAACAGCACCUGGAAGCAAAGUCAGGUCAAGAGCGAGGUCAUUCCCAUCGAGUCGGGGCCAGUGGGCUAUGACUCCGAAGAUGAGCUGGAGGAGUCCAGGGGCACUCUGGGCAACCGUGCCCUUUCACACGACAGUAUUUUCUUUCCUGAAUCGGGGCAGGACCCUGCUCGGCCAGUGCGGGUGUUUUCCCAAGAAAAUGUGUGUGACCGGAUCAAGGCCUUGCAGUUAAAGAUACAGUGUAAUGUGAAGAUGGGGCCGCCGCCUCCAGGAGGCAUUCCUCCCAAGAGGGCAGAGGAAACCGGCAUGAGCUCUGAGGAUGACGGACUGCCCCGAAGCCCCCCAGAGAUGUCCCUGCUGCAUGACGUGGGUCCAAGCCCAACCAUAAAGAUCUUAGUGUCCUCAUCGCGGCCACAGUCUCCUGACCACAUGAGUGAUGCCACCGUCUCCUCUCGGACCUUGGAUGGCAGCCUGGCACCCGUGGCUGACUUCAGCCACCCUCCAGAAAUCUCCUCCUGCCUGGAUAACUCUGCAGCUAAACACAAGCUCCUGGUUAAGCCCCGCAACCAGAGAUCAAGUAAAAUGAGGCGCCUGUCUUCGAGGGCACAGUCUGAAUCCCUGAGUGAUCUGUCAUGGACCCUGGAGGAGGAAGAAUAUGAAGAGAAACGAUUACUCCGAGUCAAUACAGAAGACAUCCCCAGUGCUGGGCAGCGGCAUGAAGAGAAGCGAUUGCUCCGAGUCCAUACAGAAGACAUCCCCAGUGCUGGGCAGCAGGAUUUGAUGCUGGGCAGAAGGCUUGAGUUUGGACCCUUGCUGCUACCUGGAGGGGCCUGUGCCAGGCGUGCUCGCUUACAGCACAGCAUGGCAGUCAGUGCCAGCAUGGAGGAGGGCGGUUCUCCUGGAGAUGAACCCUCAAGCCGCCAGGCUACGCCAGAGGUCACCGAGCCCAUGACAGUCUCAGUUCCAUGCCCAGAAACCCCAUCUCUGCCAGAAGGUUCUCCGUACCAUAUUCCCCACGGUGAAAGCCAGAAGGAAGAGCUGUCCUCUGGAGGCCUGAGUCCUCUAGUAGAGAGCAUAUCUGAGGAGAUCGUUUGUGGUUCUGGAGAGGUGGAAACUCCACUAUCUGAUGUCCCUGAGGGAGGCAUGGCACCUUCCCAGGAGGACUCUGCAGCACCUCCUGAGGGAGACGCAACAUUUCCCAAAGGGGACACAGCACUUCCUGAAGGGGAGACUCAUCCUUCCAAAGAGGAUAUAACACCUCCUGAGGAAGAUACAACACUUUCCAAGGUUGACAUGUCACCUCCAGAUACAGACAUGUCACCUUCCAAGGGAGAUGUGGCACCUCCCAAGAGGAUCAUGGCACCUCCAGACACAGACAUGUCACCUUCCAAGGGAGAUGUGGCACCUCCCAAGAGGAUCAUGGCACCUCCAGACACAGACAUGUCACCUUCCAAGGGAGAUGUGGCACCUCCCAAGAGGAUCAUGGCACCUCCAGACACAGACAUGUCACCUUCCAAGGGAGACAUGGCACCCCCCAAGAGGAUCAUGGCACCUCCAGACACAGACAUGUCACCUUCCAAGGGAGAUGUGGCACCUCCCAAGAGGAUCAUGGCACCUCCAGACACAGACAUGUCACCUUCCAAGGGAGAUGUGGCACCUCCCAAGAGGAUCAUGGCACCUCCAGACACAGACAUGUCACCUUCCAAGGGAGAUGUGGCACCUCCCAAGAGGAUCAUGGCACCUCCAGACACAGACAUGUCACCUUCCAAGGGAGAUGUGGCACCUCCCAAGAGGAUCAUGGCACCUCCAGACACAGAUAUGUCACCUUCCAAGGGAGACAUGGCACCCCCCAAAGAGAUCGUGGAACCCCCCAAUAGGGACAGGGACACAAUACUUCCAAAGGGAGAGGCAUCAACUCCUGAGAUUGUCACUGACACCAACUUGGAGACCCCCUCAGAUACAGAGGGACAGGACCAAAGUGUCCAGAAGGAGGAGGAGCUGACCCUGGUGGUACCCAGGCCUGAGGGAGCAGGGACAGAGUCCUCCACAGCCCCUUCCCGGAGUCCACCAGUACCCAAGAGCUGCCUGAAGCACAAGGCGUUGGGCUCCAGUGGGUCCCCCGCAGAGUCUCCUCUGAAAGACUCCAGCCCUGGAGUCCAGGACAGGGCAGUUGUGCCCCCAGCCCGCCCCAGGCCUGCACAGGCAGCGACAUCAGGGGGUCCAGAGAAGGCAGCCCUGGGGAAGAAGAGCGAGCGGAGUACUGAGCCACAGCGCAGCGUUAAGAGGUUCUCCGUGACCUCAAGCAGAGCACGUGCCCGGGCCAGCAGCUCUCGCCUUCCAGAACAUUCCGGCCAUGUGCCUGCAGGGGGCCGUGCACCUUUGCUACGGAGUGGCCUUGCCUGGAAGAGUGAGGCAGCUCUUGAUGACCUGCAGGUGCUGCCAGAGCCCCAGGACAGGAAGACUAUGGGUGGUGACCCUCAAGUCUCGGGUGACAUGGGGGCCAGCCAGGCAGGGCCAAGCAGGAGCCUCCAGGAUGCUGAUCCUUGUGUGAAGGAGCCAGCCCCUGGAGAGGACCAGAGCCCCUUCCCAGUCAAGCUACGGUCCACCUCGCUCUCGCUCAAGUACAGGGACGGCUCUGCCCAGGAGGCCAAAGCCAUCAAGAGGUACAGCGCCGAAGUCAGGUUGGAGAGAGGAGGUCUGACUCUGCUCCCCAAGGAUGAACAGAGCCAUGCCGCGGCUGCUCCUGCACUGCGAAGUUCCAGGUCCCCCAAUGGGCAAGGGAAAGGGAAGUCCAGGUCUCCUGAGCAGUCCAGUACCAAGCCACCCCUGCCCAGGAAGCCGCUCCUGCAGAGCCUCACCCUGCCGUACCCACCUGCAGGCCUGGAUGCCAGCCCCGGGGAAUCUGAGAGACUCAUACCCGUCAUCCUGCCUCCCGAGCCCAGGAAGGAGAAGUCGCCCCACCAGGGAGCUGAAAAGGCUCAGCCUCCUGCUGCUACAGGUCCUGGGGCUGGUGGGCAACCCACCCCACCCUGGAUCACCAUGGCCCGGCAGAAGCGAAGAGGAGCCCCAGACCUGCCUGUCAACCAGGAAGACAAGUCUGGGUCACGGAUUCUGAAGACAGAAACUGGAAAGCAAACCCAGGAGCCUGUGAAGCAGGGUGACUUUGUCCGAAGCAAAUCUUUCCUGAUGACCCCUGCAAAGCCUCCUGUGACUCAGAGGCAGGGGUCAAAGUUGAGCCUCAAGGAGGGACUACAGAGAGGAAUCUCACUGUCCCACCAGAACUUGGCAGCUCAGGCUGCAGCGAUGACAGAGAAGGAGUUGCAUCAGCUGAAGAGAGCCAGUUAUGCGAGCACAGAUCAGCCAUCCUGGAUGGAACUCGCCAGGAAGAAAUCCCAAGCUUGGAGCGACAUGCCCCAAAUCAUAAAAUAGAUUGGCAGCCUGCUGAUGAAGGAUGUCCACUGCAUUGACGGGCCACUUAGUUUUAAACUGCCAAUAAAUCAUGGCAAACGGACUGUGAAACUUCAGAUUGAUUUUUGUCAUCGAAUUAUGAUGUCCUCGGGGAAGAGAGAGGAACCAGGUGGAUCAAAGAAGACAAGAGAGCCUCAGUCCUGAGCCAGAGGGGCUGCAGCAGGAGGAACCCUGUAGAAGUUCCUUGCUGUACUGAGGUACCAGUGUGGGCCUUCAGCAUUCACUUUCUAAAGAGGCCCCAAUAGCCAGCGAAUGGAAGUGAAGAGAGGUGAAUGUUGGGUGUCCUUUAAGAACAGAACAGGAACUUCUUGUGAGUCCCAGGUCUGGGCUGUCCCUUGUCAUCAGCCAGUGCCUCUGGCCACUGUCUUGCCGUGGACCAUCGUUGUCGUCUUUUGUGUUUACUAAUAGGCAUGAUGUUUAUGGGAAAGCAGGGAUGCCGUUUACAAGAGCAGCUAUGUUAACAGUCUGGUUUCCUGAAGCUAUCCACCCUUGAGCAGGGGGAGACGGGACAUUGCAGGGUUUGUCAACUCAUAGACUGUUUCCAAAAAUAAUUUUUAAACUUUUCCACUAGGCAUCCUGUGUCUUGAACCAUUGCACAAUGCAUUGCCUGUUUAAUAAAAGAUUUCAAUCAUG